GGCGGCGAUCACAACCGAACAGCCAGCCGCCUCUGCCGACCGCAGCGAUGGCUCAUAGCAUCGCGUACGGCGACGACAUCUUUUGCCAGGACAUUGCGGUCCUCGUGCCGACGUCGGGUGAGGCGAGCCAUGACUCGCCGUCGUCACUCUCGUCGGGCUCGGAAACCACGAAGCGUCGUCGGCCCACGGCCCUCGACGAGCUCAAGUACCUCCGUGCCAAGCACGACGAGCUGUCCACGCAGCUUGAGCAGCUCCGAGCCAUCACGAGCAUUGUGCCCGUCGAGUCGCAGUGGGCCAGCCGGGCGGCCACGCAGGCGCAAGCGGCGCAGCAAGCAUUGCACGAGAACGCCCAACUCCAAGGUCUCCUCGACGACCAAAUGAAGCUGCUGGCGACACUCCAGCGGGCCUUUACGCGCCGCCCCAAGCUAUGUGCGUACUCGGCCAUGGCGUCGUGGAAGCGUGCGUCCUUGGGCCCGACCGACCGGCACGCGACGCUGGCCCGUAUCCUCGAUGACCACCUCGGCAAGCUCAGUACCGAGUACAUUCGCCACGACCUGCACGCCCACGAAGCGAGCCGCGAGCGCUACGUGCAUGUUCAGCUCGAAGAUAGCGAGGACGGCGAUGAGGCGUCCUUGGUGCUGCACAUGACGGUCUGCCACUCGUGGCCAGUGCCGUUUAUGGAGCUUGCCGCGCUCUUGUGGGACAUGCUUACCACGCCGAUGCCGGAUGAGUACGGCUUGUCCAGCACACUCAACGAAUCGUUUGGGACCGAGAUGACGUAUACACACUACGUUGCGACGACGUUCCCGGUGCACUUUCCGCCGAUUCAAGGGCGGAUUGCGGCGCGCAAGUACGUGGAAUCGUCGCGGGUCGUCCUCGUGUGGCGCUCGAUCCUCGAGGACGCGCUGAUGCCGUGGAACCCGCAGCAGUUGGUCGGCAACGAAGCUUCCUGGAUGGUCGUGAGUGACCAAGGCGAUGGCACGUGUCGGCUGCUGACGUACGCGCAGAUGCGACCGCCCAUGCUGCCGCCCAAUGCGACGGACGACAGCCUCUCGCUGCCGCCAGGUGUCUUUACCGAGUGCCUCCUGGGGCAUUUUCAAAAAGGCGCUGGCAUGUUCGAGGCGCUCAUCCAGAGCAAACUCGCCGCCGUCUCUUAGCGAUCGAUCUCAGAGUUUGUACAUUUGGUAAUACAGCGGUGAUGCAAUUCCGUG